AUGUCGACGCGAACGGAACUGGCUUCGUUGCCUUCCAUCGAGCCGCUGAAGCAAGUGGUUGGCAGUGGCAACGAGGAGCUUGCCGCGGCGCUGAUGCAAUCAAUUACGGAUGAUUUGAUCCAGCUAUAUGGGGAAGAUGAAAUCGAUGAAGAAGAGCAUGAAGAAUACCAGUCGAUGGUCGAAGAGAUGAUCAUCAACACCGACUCACCCAGCAACGAAGCUGGGAGUUGGCAAAUGGUAAUUCGCCGAGUCGUCGCUCAGCUGAACCUCGAUGUUGAAGCAGACUUUUCGUUCAAUCAUUUUGGCUUCAAGCAUUAUUACUGUUGGCACCCUUACCGGAAGAUGCUGACCGAUCGGCUGUCGGAAGACGCUCUGCAGUUGCUACGUCACCUGGAAGAAGGUCGGCCCUUGAAGGGAAAGCAAGUUCAUGACGAUGGAUCUCUUUUCGGCUGGCUGGAAGCUGACGAGGUGAAACGAUUGCACCAUGAACUGGAUGGACUGGACGAGCAUGCCAUUUCCGUUGAAGAGCUAAACGAGUUCCACGAGCAAUUGAUCGAAUGUCUGGCUGAAAUUGCCAGCUUUGCCAAUGCGGCCGAUGCCGAUCAUUUGCGUGUUGUGCUGGAAGAGCAUGGCAUCCGCGCUUUUGUCGAUGGUGGCGAUUUGCAUACAUCGCUCAGUUACAUCGGUAGUGCCCUUGGAGGCGUCCAUGUGAUUGUUCGUGCCGAGGAUGCCGAGCAGGCAGUCGAGUUGGUUCGACAGUUUGAGAAUGACGAGGAUCAGCCCAGCGGCCCUCCGUGGUUUUGUGGUGCUUGCGAAGAAGUUGUCGACGCUGGCUUUCAAGUUUGCUGGUCAUGCGGUGCUGAGCGUAGUGAAAUAGAAGUGCCGAUGCCUGAAACAGCGGAGGUUGCCUUCCACGAAGAAGAGAAUGCCCCACGUGAACGUUUGAUGGAAGUUGUUGUCAGCGAUCGACCACUAGAUUUGGCCAACCCAUUCGCGUCGCCUCGAGUCGAAGCUCAGGCCGACAAACCAAAGCCGUCCGGAGAGAUCAACGAAGAAGCAGAAGCGAUGCUACUUCGAGCCUGGCGGGCCUCCAUUCUGGGCCUGAUCGGCCUACCAUUCAUCGCCAGCUUCUAUUCGAUGUACAUGCUUGUCGCGGCGUUGAAAGUAACCGACGUCUUCUCGCAGGAAGGGAACGUGCGAUUCUACACGGCGUUCUUCAUUAAUGUCGUCGCAG